AUGCCUCACUUCACUGUGGUGCCAGUGAAGGACCAGGCUCAGUCCAACUACGACAGCCUGGAGGGGAUCAACUGGGUGGAUUACAGGGACACUGGGCAGGAAAACCAUGAUCAUCAAGAUACUGUCAGCUCUGAUGGACAUGGGAGUCAUAAAGAAGACAGUCCAUUUCUCAACAGCGGAGAUGCUGCGAGCAAGAGGAAUGAUUUCUAUGACAGGAACCUGGCGUUGUUUGAGGAAGAGCUGGACAUCCGGCCAAAGGUUUCCUCUCUGCUCAGCCGCUUGGUCAACUACACCAACAUCACCCAGGGAGCCAAGGAGCACGAGGAGGAGGAGAGCACUGAGGCCUCACGUAGGAAGACCCCCAAGUCCCCCAACAUGGGCACCCUGAUGGGAGUCUACCUGCCGUGUCUCCAGAACAUCUUCGGUGUCAUUCUCUUUCUCCGGCUGACGUGGAUCGUCGGGAUGGCUGGCAUCAUGCAGUCCCUCCUGAUCGUUCUCAUGUGCUGCUCCUGUACAAUGCUCACAGCCAUAUCAAUGAGUGCCAUUGCUACUAAUGGUGUCGUUCCAGCUGGAGGAGCUUAUUUCAUGAUCUCACGUUCCCUCGGCCCAGAGUUCGGAGGAGCUGUGGGACUGUGCUUCUACCUGGGCACCACCUUUGCUUCUGCCAUGUACAUACUGGGUGCCAUUGAAAUCUUCUUGAAAUAUCUGUUCCCCCAGGCGGCCAUCUUUCAUGCAACAGACCCCCUUGGGGGUGACAGUGCCAUGCUGAACAACAUGCGAGUCUACGGUUCCAUCUGCCUCACCCUGAUGGCUGUGGUGGUUUUUGUGGGAGUCAAAUAUGUCAACAAAUUGGCCUCUCUUUUCCUGGCCUGUGUCAUUAUCUCAAUUGUCUCUAUCUACGCCGGGGCAAUCAAAUCCAUGACUCAUCCGCCAGAAUUCUCGAUCUGCAUGUUAGGAAACAGGACUUUGGUGAGAGAUCGCUUCGACGUGUGCGCUAAGACCGUGAUGGAGGGCAACAUCAGCGUGCCCAGUCAGCUGUGGCACAGGUUCUGCUUGGCCGAGAACAUGAGCAGCGCUCAGUGUGAUGACUACUUCAUCCAGAACAAUGUGACAGAGAUACAGGGCAUCCCCGGACUGGGUAGCGGGAUUAUCAGUGAUAACAUGUGGGGCAACUACCUGCAGAAAGGACAGAUCUUAGAGAAAGCGGGGCUUCAUUCAGUGGACGCCCAUGGCACCAUGGACAACUUUGGCAUGUAUGCGUCAGCAGACAUCGCUACAUCAUUCACACUUCUGGUGGGGAUCUUCUUCCCAUCUGCCACAGGUAUCAUGGCAGGCUCUAACAGAUCUGGUGAUCUGCGGGAUGCUCAGAAGUCCAUUCCUGUGGGAACUAUUUUAGCCAUCACCACUACAUCACUUGUUUAUUUUAGUUCUGUUGUCCUGUUUGGGUCUUGUAUUGAGGGAGUAGUCCUAAGGGACAAAUUUGGGGACGCUGUGAGAAAAAACCUGGUGGUGGGGACCCUGUCUUGGCCGUCUCCGUGGGUUAUUGUGAUCGGUUCCUUCUUUUCCACGGUCGGGGCCGGCCUGCAGUCCCUCACUGGAGCUCCCCGUCUUCUACAGGCUAUUGCCAAGGACAACAUCAUUCCUUUCCUCAGGGUUUUUGGUCACGGAAAGACUAACGGAGAGCCGACAUGGGCACUGCUGCUGACUGGGCUCAUAGCAGAGCUGGGUAUCCUCAUCGCCUCGCUGGAUAUGGUGGCUCCUAUUCUUUCCAUGUUCUUCUUGAUGUGCUAUCUCUUUGUGAACUUAGCCUGUGCAGUUCAGACUCUGUUACGCACGCCAAACUGGAGGCCGAGGUUUAAAUAUUACCACUGGGCUCUGUCCUUCCUUGGCAUGAGCAUGUGUCUGGCUCUAAUGUUCAUCUCUUCCUGGUAUUACGCCAUCGUGGCCAUGUUCAUCGCUGGGAUGAUCUACAAAUACAUUGAGUACCAGGGAGCAGAGAAGGAGUGGGGCGAUGGUAUCAGAGGACUGUCUCUUAGUGCCGCACGCUACGCCCUGCUGAGGCUGGAGGUCGGACCCCCGCACACCAAGAACUGGAGACCGCAGCUGUUGGUGCUGCUGAAGCUGGAUGAGGACCUCCAUGUAAAAUACCCCCGACUGCUCACCUUUGCAUCGCAGCUGAAGGCAGGAAAGGGUCUGACCAUUGUGGGCUCUGUUGUUCAGGGCAACUUCCUGGAAAGCUAUGGGGAGAUGCAGGCAGCUGAACAGGCUAUAAAGAAUAUGAUGGAGAUUGAACGGGUCAAGGGUUUCUGCCAGGUCGUGGUGGCAUCCAAGGUGCGUGAGGGCAUUGUGCACCUGAUCCAGUCCUGUGGUCUAGGAGGCAUGAUGCACAACACUGUGGUGAUGGGCUGGCCCUACGGCUGGAGACAGAGUGAGGACCCUCGAGCCUGGAAAACUUUUAUCAACACAGUCCGCUGCACCACAGCUGCCCACCUUGCUCUGAUGGUGCCCAAAAAUGUCUCUUUCUACCCGAGCAACCAUGAGCGCUUCACAGAAGGCAGCAUUGAUGUGUGGUGGAUUGUCCAUGAUGGAGGGAUGCUAAUGCUGCUGCCUUUCCUGCUAAAACAGCACAAAGUGUGGAGGAAAUGCAUGAUGCGCAUCUUCACUGUGGCUCAGAUGGACGACAACAGUAUCCAGAUGAAAAAAGAUCUGGCCACGUUUCUUUACCAGCUUAGAAUCGAGGCUGAGGUGGAGGUGGUGGAGAUGCACGACAGUGACAUCUCAGCGUACACCUACGAGCGAACGUUAAUGAUGGAGCAGAGGUCCCAGAUGUUGAGGCAGAUGAGGUUGUCCAGUGCAGAGAGACAAAGAGAGGCCCAGCUGGUAAAAGACAGACACUCUCUAGUGCGAAUGGGAAGUCUGUAUUCAGAUGAGGAGGAGGAGGUGGUGGAGGCUCCUCCAGAGAAGGUUCAGAUGACGUGGACGAGGGAGAAGUGUGAAGCUGAGAGAAGGAACAGGAGCAACGCCCCUGAGAACUUCAGAGAACUCAUGAGCCUCAAGCCGGAUCAGUCCAAUGUGCGACGAAUGCACACAGCUGUGAAGCUCAAUGAGGUGAUAGUCAACAGGUCCCAUGAUGCUCGAUUAGUGCUGCUCAACAUGCCGGGGCCGCCACGUGACACGGACGGAGAUGAGAACUAUAUGGAGUUUUUGGAGGUGUUGACUGAAGGCUUGGAGAGAGUGCUGCUGGUGAGAGGCGGCGGUCGGGAGGUCAUAACUAUCUACUCAUGA